AUGCAAAGUAAUAAUUCAAUAUUAAUACCUUCAACAAAAUCUUCUUUUAAAAAAGAUGCCAAAAUAUCAAGAUCAGUGUCAUUUUCAUUACCAGUUAAAAGUAUAUACUAUUCCUCAAAAUCACCAAUAUCAGUAACUUGUAAAAAUAAUGAUGAAAUAAUUGAAAAAGUUAUAAUAAAUGAAAAUCCAGAGGAUUGGAAUCUUGAAAUACCUCUACUUUCAAUAUCCCUAUCACCAACAAUUACCUCAUCGCAAUCAUCAUAUAUUAAUAGUCCUAUUCCUGGUUCUCCAAAUAAUAUAACAACCGUUAAAUUGAAACAAAAGGUUUGUUAUUAUUACUUUUAA